AUGAAACACUUCAACGUCUCACCAAAUCAAAGAGUGCGCGACUUUGACAUCACGGAGAAGACCAGCAUGGAUGCCAUCAUGAAGGACCUGCGCGCUAUAACUCGUUACACAUGGUACUGCAAGCCCGACGAGGAUGACGUCCGAGUUGCGGAGUUGUCCUUGCAAUAUGCUCUGCAAUGGAAGGCUGUGAGCUACGAUGCAAUCGCCCGCCUGGCCGUCGUCAUGCAGUACCUCUAUUGCACAAUGGCGGCCCUCGAGCCUGUUGACGUGUACCUCAACCCGCACUCUCUGUCGGAAGAGCCCGAUUACCAGCCGCUCGGGGAGAUCCGAUCGUCCUUGAUGUACCUCAUAGAGAGCUGCGGGAUCCACGCCGCAAAGUUCUCAGGGCUCUCUAGGAGCCUCCCAUUGGUUGCGUUUGCCAGGCGCCGCUGCUACAAGCAGGCAGCAGACGUCUGGUGGAAGAGCAGGUUGAAGCUUGAGGCUUUCCACAAGUCCCUCGGCUGGAUGUGGUUCACCUUCAAGCGCUUCACGCAAGCAGCGAGUGUCGCCCGCAGAGAGGGCCUCGCAGCAAGGGAACGCACUGUCCUGCGCAUGGAUGCUGAGGUGCUCGGUGGCCUCGCCGAGACCCUGUUCAAAACAGCAUUGCUGCACUACCAAGAGCUACUCGCAGAUUUGCUGGACGAGUUGGCAAGGGAGCUCGUGAAUUACAUUGAGCACCCACCAGGGUACGAGAGCAAUGAAAAGGCCAAGAUCACUGUCAAAGAUGGCAAACUCGUCGUUUCUCUGGACGGCAACGAUUACAACGCGGCAAGCGAGGCAACCCGCAGCGCCCGCUUGAGCUUCGUGAUGCGGAAGAUCCUCGAAGAGAGGGGCACUCUGGCACAGGGUGGCGAUAUUAGCCUUUACAAGGUGGUGAGCAAACUCUUAACACCAUCGCGUCUGAGCCCUCCGCCUGACCGGCUCUCGCUCAACCCGGAUUACGUUGACUUCAACACAAAAAACCUUCCUGACGCGCAAGAGGACGGUCAGACUCACAUCUUCUACGACCCAGCAAACGUAGGUGAUGACCUGAACCUUAAAAAAGUUUAUCGGUCAAAGGUGAAUCUCGAAGAUGUUGAUCAGUAUAGGAAUGCCAAUCACCGUUUUGGGACUACCUUGACGGGUCGGUUUAUGCACCCCGACUAUCGGACACUCGACAAGCGCAUUGCCAACGGGGUUCCUCUCAUGAACAAGGACGCGUUUGAGAAAGGUAAAGGCAAUAUGAAGAGCUGGGUUGCCAAUCAGAACAAGCGGGUCAACAAGCAGGUUGAUGCUGCGCUAAAGAACAACGGCUUGGAUGCAUCCGCCGAUGGCAAACGCCUCGUUGCUGAAAGCACACCAUUGGGAGAAGAGAGCACUGCAAAGGCGAUUGCGAACGCGGCUGUAACCACGAAUGGGGCCCCUCCUCCAGUGAAUGCAGUCACUGGAGCCGUCAAGGACAUUCAUCAACCAGAAAAGAUGACACCUGAGGCGGUUGCGACAGCCUUGAAGAAGAAAAACCUCGUAGCUUCUAAGGAAGGUCACGAAAGCAUUGCAAGUGCUGCACAGACAGGAAACCCAUCGGACGUGCUUGUUGCAGUAGCGCAGAAUGCAACGACUCCCACCGGUGGUAUGCCCCCCACUGAUGCAGUGGUUUUGGCGGCAAAAGCAAUCAAUGCUCCCAACUUUGCAAACUUCAAUAGCAACAAUGCUAGGUCGCAGCUCAACCAAAGACCCGACCAUGACGCUUCCAAGUUAGCAGCAACGCAGGUUGCCCUCAUUGGCAACGGAUUGCAAGCAACCGGUCAGGAAGGGCUUAAAAAUAUUGCAAAGAAGGCGGGAGCUCCGAGUAAAGUUCUGCAAAACACCAUCCAGAACAAUACCAAGAGCGUGGUUGGUGCAAAGAACGGUGUCCAAGUCGCAAAUGCCGCAGAGGCUGUAAGAGCGCUCACCGGGCAGAACCUCUCAAAAUCAAUGGCUGCAAACGGCUUUAAUCACACAAACACCAGCAAAAAUCCUUUCGUGUCCAAGAACAUUGGGCAAUCUGUCAAUGCAGCUCAGGCAGUAAGAGGGUCGAACUUGUCAAAAGCAAUGGCCGUAAACGGCUUCAACCAGACAAACACCAGCAAAAAUCCUUUUGUGUCCAAGAACAACAAUGCCAACAAGCCAACUGUAACGUCAACCGGGAUAGGAUGGAAGUAA